CACGUCUUUUUCUUCCUCAAUUGGCUUGCCACGGCACACAAGACUUUAAACGUUCUCACCCAAAAAUUAGCUCCGGCUUCAGCACAGACCGAAAAGCUGUCGCCUGUCGUGUCAUGACAUUUGACGUGUUAGAAGAGACUCACCGAAUCUCCACCUGAGAUACCAGCCCGCCAGUCUUUGCAGAACGUCGUAUCUGAUCUCUCUGUACGAGGGCAUGCAAAAUUUGCUCCUUUUCAAUGCUCAUUAUAACCAUUUCGUGAGCCUGCUGACUCUCUUUGCUAGUAUACGACUAUGAUACCACCCUAUUGCUCCAGCAUGUCAUUCUUUCUUGCUACUUUUCUGCCUUGAUAUUUGAACUUACACAGAUUCUUUUCGUUAUACAGCCAUGCCUCGUUUGUCUUUGCGCCCAGCAGAUGACUCGGGCUUUCAUCGCUCUUUCUCUCUGAUCCUUGCCUCCAGACGUGCCUUGGCUCUCGUCCUGCCUAUUUUGCUACUGACUUUGUUAUACUCACACUCCUUCAGAACAGAGCCAACGGCUUGGUCCAACAACAAUUCCGAGUCUCCUGUUGAACUCCAACAGCCAAAUGAUACCAUCAAUGACGAUGCCAAUUAUGAACAUCAAGCCGCCUUCCGCACCAUCACGGUCCAGGGUUACGAUAACAAUGCCAUGCCUGGAGGUGAAGGGCGUGGAGACCUUCAGUGUGAUGUCCUAACACACACCAACGAAGUCCAAGUUGAGGAUUCAUUCCACCUGCAAGAGAAUUUGCUUGAAAUCGCCAGCAGCUUGGACGGCCACCCGCUGGUCGACUAUCCUACCGCAAUGAUCAAGGGCGAAAAAAUGUCAAUCCAGGAAAUCGUCUCCUCCUCCUGGGAUCGCCUUGCCACUGCUUGCUCCUUCCUCCCUGAUCGGAGUGUCCAUCUAUGUAUCUCAAGAAUCAUCUUUCAUCCCCUUCGACCCAAAGAUCAUUGCCGCAUCAAUUUCCUCCAUGCUCGCAUCUUCAGUCAGGAUUGGGAACCACUCGAUGGUUACCGUCUCACCUGGAAAGAGCAUGAGGUCACGUUUCCGAAGAUAUUUGAUACCAACACUGAGUUCAAGUUGGGUGGCGAGCUCUUCGGGCCUGAAGAUGCAAGAAUCAUCAUUGAAGAUGUUCCAGACGCGGAACCUGUCAUUGUCUUCAACAUGAAGUCCUCCCAAUCAGAUUGGAAAAGAGCUAUGUGGAUCUUCCGACCAUUCUCUGGCCAUUCAACCAUUCUCACUAUUCGAGGAACUCUCGAACGUCCCAAGAAGGAGAAAAACUGGACUCCCCUGUUCAUCAGGGAUCCUGAUCAAACUCCUUCGGAUAAACGGCCUCCAAGCAAAUACCUUUAUUUUGUUUGGAAAUUCGAACCCCUGACGGUUCUGAAAUGUCACCUACUGACCGGAAUGUGCGAUGUUGUCUUCGAACAACAAGUCGACGACAAUUUCAUCAGUUAUCAUGAAAUUAGCUCCAGCACCCUGCGUGGAGGCACAGAGUUCGUUCCUAUACCGCGUUCCCUCUCCUCGUCCUGGUGGUCCCGUUACCAUGACCCUCAUGUGCAAGCCUUUAUCUCCUUCCCUCGAACCCACGUCGAGGGUGCAGGUGGCUGCCGACAGCCAUCGUAUCGACCCGAGAUAGCCGUUCUGGUCACCAACACCACCGAUUUCUACUUGACUUAUAUCUCCGAUCCUCUCGAUUUUGGGCCGGACACCGUCAUGAACGCCGAGCAGCUAUCGGAUUCUUGCGGCAAGGGUCGAAUCAUGAUCGCCAACAGCAUUGCUCGCUGGGACCUGCAGGAGUCCAAAUCGGGCAGCCGCGAACGGACCGAUGUCAUGACUCUGACACUCUCGGUUGAUGAUUCCACAGUGCAAGUCAUGCGGGUGGCGGGCAUCUAUCAGUUUUUGCAAAGCCUGCCGUCACUUGACUUUUACUUCUCACGCAGCCCAAAGGUUUACGGCAGCAAGAAGACGUUUCCUCAGAUUGCCACCUCGGCGACUCGUGGAGAAUUUGCUGAGUUGGUACGUACUACCGAUCCAUUUGAACGGGCGUCCGCAGUCGGCUUGGACCUGCGGGCUUGUGCCGAAGAGGCGGCCGAGGUGUAUACUGAAGAGAACGCUGCGCCUCAUGAUAAGGAGGGAAGCAAUGACCUGGAUCUACUCGAGAAAAAAGGAGGACGGCAUAAGAGGCGACACAUCCGACGGAUAGACGUUCCCACUCGGAGGUAUUGAGUCGGUGCCAGUGGGCAGAAGUUUGGUGCCUCUACUUAGCACCAACAGGGGCUGGAUUUUACGCCAACAGAAGUUCGAUGAAUGUCAUGACACAAUACCACGUAUAGAAGAUAGAUGGAGUCUAGAUUGCAGAAUUGAGACAGUUAUGGCACAUGUGGCAUGACUCGUAUACGAGCGUGUUUUAGCUAUUUUGCAUGCUAGCCAG